AUGCUCUACAUCAGCGACCCGAUGCAGCAUUACACCACGUCCCAGUUCAAUUUGCUGAACAACAGCAUGGAUCAGAGCAUCGGCAGCAGAGCAGCCUCCACCAGCCCCUACAGCUCCGAGCACACCUCCAAUGUCCCAACUCAUUCUCCCUACUCGCAGCCCAGCUCUACCUUCGACGCCAUGUCCCCGGCACCCGUCAUCCCCUCCAACACCGACUACCCUGGUCCCCACCACUUCGAGGUGACCUUCCAGCAAUCCAGCACCGCCAAGUCAGCCACCUGGACAUACUCCCCACUGCUGAAGAAGCUCUACUGUCAGAUCGCCAAGACAUGCCCCAUCCAGAUCAAGGUGUCCACCUCACCUCCGCCAGGCACCAUCAUCCGGGCCAUGCCCGUCUACAAGAAGGCAGAGCACGUCACCGAGGUGGUGAAGCGCUGCCCCAACCACGAGCUCGGCCGUGACUUCAAUGAUGGCCAGUCAGCCCCUGCCAGCCACCUCAUCCGUGUGGAAGGAAACAACCUGUCCCAGUACGUGGAUGACCCGGUGACAGGGCGGCAGAGCGUGAUGGUGCCCUACGAGCCCCCGCAGGUGGGGACCGAGUUCACCACCAUCCUGUACAACUUCAUGUGCAACAGCAGCUGCGUGGGAGGGAUGAACAGGAGGCCCAUCCUCAUCAUCAUCACCCUGGAGACGAGAGACGGCCAGGUCCUGGGGAGGAGAUCCUUCGAGGGGCGGAUCUGUGCCUGUCCCGGCAGGGACCGCAAAGCCGACGAGGAUCAUUUCCGAGAGCAGCAAGCCUUGAACGAGAGCACGGCCAAGAACGGCAACGCCAACAAACGCACCUUCAAGCAGAGCCCUCAGGGCAUCCCAGCGCUGGGCACUGGCAUUAAGAAACGGAGGCAUGGGGAGGAGGAGAUGUACUAUGUGCCUGUGCGAGGCCGGGAGAACUUUGAGAUCCUGAUGAAGAUAAAGGAGAGCCUGGAGCUGGUGGAGCUGGUCCCACAGCAGCUGGUGGAUUCCUACAGGCAGCAGCAGCAGCAGCAGCUCCUGCAGAGGCAGAGCCAGCUGCAGACACCUUCCUCCUACGGCCCUGUCCUUUCCCCCAUGAACAAAGUCCACAGUGGAGGAAUCAACAAGCUGCCCUCUGUGAACCAGCUGGUGGGGCAGCCUGCCCAGCACGGCUCCAGUUCUGCACCCAGCCUGGGCCCCAUGGGACCUGGAAUGCUGAACAGCCACGCCAUGCAGCCCAAUGGAGAGAUGAAUGGGGGCCACUCAUCCCAGUCCAUGGUGUCUGGGUCACACUGCACCCCCCCACCACCCUACAACCCCGACCCCAGCCUCGUCAGUUUUUUAACAGGAUUGGGGUGUCCAAACUGCAUCGACUAUUUCACCUCACAAGGGUUACAGAAUAUUUACCACCUGCAGAACCUAUCCAUAGAGGAUCUCGGAGCACUGAAGAUCCCGGAGCAGUACCGCAUGAUCAUCUGGCGGGGUCUGCAGGAGCUCAAGCAGAGCCACGACUACGGGGCCCAGCAGCUGAUCCGCUCGAGCAGCAACGCCUCCACCAUCUCCAUCGGCAGCUCGGGCGAGCUGCAGAGGCAGCGGGUGAUGGAGGCCGUGCAUUUCCGAGUGCGCCACACCAUCACCAUCCCCAACCGCGGCGCGCCCGACGACUGGGCCGACUUCGGCUUCGACCUCCCGGACUGCAAAUCCCGCAAACAAUCCAUCAAGGAGGAGUUCACGGAGGGAGAGAUCAACUGAGGGGCUCCGGAGGUGGCAGCGAGACGCCGGCGGGGUGAUAAACCCACCCCCCACCACCUUGAAAUGUAUUUGCAGCUUUGGGCAC